AUGUCUAUGUUGGCAGGUCUGCACCUGCACCAACAACACCCCCAGCGCUACGCGACAACGUCCGCCGCGCGCUCACCUCAACAAUAUGCUUUCGCGACCUUGAGACCCGCCGUCCUGGUGGCAGCCCGCUUACUGCUCCUCCCCCUCGCCUCCGCGGCACCUAUCCUCUCCACGUUCGCCGACCAAGGUGACGAUGACCUCCCCAAGGACCCCGACGACCCGUCGUUAUGGAUAUACCUUGGCGUGGCGGUAGCACUGGUCCUGCUGGGUGGUGUUUUCGCUGGUCUUACGAUCGCGUUGAUGGGGCAGGAUGAGACAUAUCUGCAGGUGAUAGCGACAUCAGGAGAGGGAGCAGAGAAGAGACAUGCGGCGAGGGUGUUGAGGUUGCUGGGCAGGGGGAAACAUUGGGUGCUUGUUACGCUGCUGCUGAGCAAUGUCAUCACCAACGAGACGUUGCCUAUUGUGCUCGAUCGAAGUCUUGGUGGUGGGUGGCCGGCGGUUGUUAGCAGUACUGUUUUGAUUGUCAUCUUCGGCGAAGUUGCACCUCAAUCUGUCUGUGUGCGCUAUGGACUCUCUAUUGGAGCGUACUGCGCGCCUCUGGUUCUUGGGCUCAUGUGGGUCAUGAGUCCCGUGGCCUGGCCUACUGCGAAACUCCUCGACUGGAUUCUUGGUGAAGAUCAUGGUACAAUGUACAAGAAGGCAGGACUGAAGACGCUGGUCAGUCUGCACAAGCAGAAGGCAUUGACGCAAAGAGACGGUCUUAUGGAUGAUGAGGUGACGAUCAUCAACAGUGUGCUGGACCUGAAGGAGAAGGCUGUUGGAGACAUCAUGACCCCGAUGCAGGAUGUUUUCACCAUGAGUGCGGACACUGUCCUGGACGAGCGAAUGAUGGACACGAUCUUGUCUCAAGGAUAUUCGAGGAUACCGAUUUAUGCUCCAGACAACCCGAGAAACUUUGUGGGAAUGCUGUUGGUCAAGAUCUUAAUCACUUAUGAUCCAGAGGAUGCCAAGCGAGUUCGCGACUUUGCGCUGGCGACACUUCCAGAGACAGCACCGCGCACCUCCUGUCUGGACAUUAUCAACUUCUUCCAGGAAGGCAAGAGUCACAUGGUGCUAGUCUCAGACUUCCCCGGCCAAGACAAGGGUGCAGUUGGCGUUGUCACACUGGAAGAUGUUAUUGAGGAGUUGAUUGGCGAGGAGAUCAUCGAUGAGUCCGACGUCUUCGUGGAUGUACACAAAGCUAUCCGCCGAAUGGCUCCUGCGCCCAAAACGAGAUUCGGGAAGAAGCAAUUCGCUGCUGAGCGUGAUCACGCAGUGAGCGGGGACGAAGACGAUGGCAAGGAAGCGACCGAAAACGAGCCACUGCUUAAGAAGGACACGAGGGACAGCAAACGACCGAGUCUUGCGAAUGGCCAGACCACAUUCUUGAUGCGUAGGAAGUCAAGUGCGGCAUCAGACUCGACUCGGGAGGUGGGCAAGACUGUGCCAGUGCGAAGUAACGCAUCAGAUGUGAUGGAACACCUGAAGCACCUGGGACCAAGCAACGCGGCUGCGCACCCUCGAACAACGAAAUUCAGCUCGGUCAAGAUCAAACCUGGAGUUGGCACGAUACCUGAGAACAAGGCCACCACUACUGGUACUGAAAUCUUGAGCCCAAAACAGCAGCCUUCACCUAUUGCUGAAGCAACCGAAUCUGCAGAAGUCGACUCGUUACGGGGUAAGAGCUCGAGUGGUGGUGCGGCAGCAGUUUAUGGUACCAUGGACUCGCCAACACAACAGAGAGCCAGAGGCAUGUCAGCCAGUGAAGGCAUGUCAGCGCAAGAAGCGAGCAGAAUCGCGGCAGAGAACACGAUAUCAAGACCUGAAGACGACCAUGCAAACGACGCCGACAAUGAGCAAGAUCAGCACCGCCAGCAGGAACCAGAACCGCUGGCACUGCCUGAGAAACUUGUCGUCGGCGACGGCGCAGAGGAUGACGAAGUCGGCGAUCUCCCGGACUCGCCUUCACUUGACCGCUCGAAGAAGCGCCUAGCUACGCGCUCUGGCAGCAUCACCGAGACGACUGUUGAUGUUGGUGGCAUGAAGAAGACGGUGCUGGAGAUGACGUCGAGCAGUGAAGAGGGCAACACUGGUAACGAGGGAAGCACCAAUGGCGACAACGAGAACUCGCAGGGGAAGGAUUUCCCGAACGGUGAUGGCCAAGGUGGAAGUGGUGGUGAUGGUGGUAAGAAGAAACAGAGGAAGAAGCGUGGGAAGAAGAAGAAGAAUGACCGGGAGGUUUGA